AUGGACAACGCGCCAAGCAAGAUGGGACGCGGACCCCUGCUCGAUCUUCCGAUCGAACUGUAUGAGUGUAUCAUUCAAGACUUGAAUCUACGAAAUCUUUGCAUGCUGCGCCUGGUCAAUCGUGAGGUGGCGCAAAAGACAACGCUGCGCAUAUUCCGUUCGUUAAUUAAACAUGCUCGCGUCAACCUCACGAAAGAUUCUCUCGAAUCGACCGCACGCGCUCCCUUAGACUCCCUUGGCACUUACAUCGACGAUCUUACCAUUGUAGGCGUCGUCUAUAGACCGCCACAAAAUCACCAUCGAUGGAUUUCAGCGCACGAGCCUGGACUAAGGAGACGAGUGCCCUCUACCCCCUCGGAGCUUGAACAAGCAGAACGAGAUCUCGAAAUUCUGCGCCAGCGCCAAGCGGAUGACAUGAUACUUCGUCGGGAUGGUAACGACGUCUCCUUGCUUCGCCGAGUGCUUACCAAUUUGGCUAGUCCAUGUGGGGGAGUGCUACAGAGUCUUUCCUUCGAAGUUGUCAUAAUCGACGCAGCCUCCGGGAAGGAGAUACGGCCACGUGACGCCUGGAAGGAUAACACCUCAGAAUGGAAGAUUUCAGUCCAAGAGAAAGUUUAUGCAACCGCCGCAGACACCUUCCGGACAAUUGUCGCUGCGCUGAGCUCGAGUGGACUCUUGGUUCGAAAGGUUAACGUGUUUCACACUCGACCAGGAUCAUUACGAUGUAGCUUGUCGUGCAACGCCUUAUCGAUAUCCCAAUCGUAUCCCGGAAGUCUAGUUCCCUUCUCCUUGGUGGAGAGUCUGGCCACCAGUAUCUUGGAUCGGCCCGAAGGAGAGAUUGGCUACCUGGAACGCGAUGAGAGGGAUGUAGAGUCCGACGCUCGUAUAAAAGCCGAAAUUUUGGACGAGAGCAACAGCAUUGGACUGUCAACGUUACUUGAGGCUUGUUCUCGAUUGGAACAUCUGUGUGUCUCGUUCUGUUGUCGCUCGUCCGGUUGGUUCGAGGAAGCACAUGAUGCUACACGCCAGAAACAAGUGCACAAUCUCUUACAGAAGGAUUUUCCUUCGCUCCAGUCGAUUUGUCUUGGAGGUAUGAACAUUCAGCUUACUGAUCUGACGAAGUUCCUCACCAAGCACCAAGUAACUUUGCGAUCGAUCAAGCUCAAUGUAGUCAUGAUCAGCAACGGCUUACUGUCCAACAUGCUGUCCUUGAUAGCAAGUGAUCAAUUCAAUCUGGACGCCAUAUACUUCGUCGACAUCUAUGGUGACGACAUCAAAGACCGCGCGUACCUCCACCGAGAGCCGUAUGAUCGAUCCACGUACACCAGUGGACCGUUUCAUUGUUGCAAUAUCAUUCACAGAUGGUGGCCUGACACCAGAAAGGUGAUUACCUACUCUAAUGCUACAUUCGGACGCCGGGAAACGGGCGAGCUUAUCAACUGGCGUCGAUAUUGUGACGAACAAUUCGGUCUCAUUUCUCUUCAUCACUGGCUUUCGUGA